AAACUAUUAUUUAGAUGUCGAUGGUUUGGCAUGCCGGCGCGGCCAGAGAGGGCAGCACCAUCUCGGGAGGAGGCAGAGCAGCCGCCAGAGAGGGUCAGCCAUUUGAGCAAAUAUGUACACCCGCGCACUUCUCUCCGCCCGCAAUGCCGUGAAGGGCACAGUUUCACGACGUGGCAUGGGAUCUGUGGCUGACUUCAAGCCUCCCACCAUGUCCGAGCUCCCCGUCCCUCAAGGUGCAUGGAAAGAUGCUUACAAUGCAAAGCAAAGGAAGAACAACCUCCACCUCAUCAGCGGGAUUUUGGUCGCUGGUGGCACUCUAGCCUUUCUGGCAGAGUCUGACAUGGUUGACUUUGGAAUGGCCCCCAAGAUGGGAUAGUAAUGCUGCUGCUCUCAUGUACAUACAGCGACAUGGAUGUCAGCUGACACAGAGUGUGUGCCUCGUGUGGGCUCCGCUGCUAAAAUGUAUCUUUUGUAAAUAACAAAAAACUGUGGUAUACUAAUUUAUUUCAUUCCAUGCUUUUCUUUUAAAAGAAAUUAAAAGUACUUUGAAA